AUGUUGAAAGCUUUACGUUAUCGUGGGUUACCACGUUCUUCAGGUUUAGCUAAAUCAUUAAGAUCUAAGAGUUUACGCUCUUUUGCAACUUCAAACGAUAGUUUCUUACAAACCCAAAAUGCUACUUAUAUUGAUGAAAUGUAUGAUGCUUGGAAAAAAGAUCCUUCAUCUGUUCAUGUUUCAUGGAAUGCUUAUUUUAAAAAUUUGAAUGGUAAUGCACCAGCUUCUCAAGCUUUCACUGCUCCUCCAACUUUAGUUCCAACCCCAGCUGGUGGUGUUGCUUCAGUUAUUCCAUCUGCAAAUGGUGCAUCCUCAGGUGUUAAUGAUGAUGUUUUACUACAUUUGAAAGUUCAAUUAUUAGUUAGAGCUUAUCAAGUUAGAGGUCAUCAAAAAGCUCAUAUUGAUCCUUUAGGAAUUUCAUUUGCUGAUGAUAAAUCACAUCCAACUCCAAAAGAAUUGACCCUAGAACAUUAUGGUUUCACUGAAGCUGAUUUAAACAGACAAAUCACUUUAGGUCCAGGUAUUUUACCAAGAUUUGCCAAAGAUGGUAAAUCAUCAUUAACUUUAAAAGAAGUUGUUGAUACUUGUGAACAAUUAUAUUGUAGUUCAAUUGGGUUUGAAUACAUUCAUAUUCCAUCAAGAGAAAAAUGUGACUGGUUAAGAGAAAGAUUAGAAAUCCCAACUCCAUAUAAAUAUACCGUUGAUCAAAAAAGACAAAUUUUAGAUCGUUUAAUUUGGGCAACUUCAUUCGAAAGUUUCCUUUCUACAAAAUUCCCAAAUGAUAAAAGAUUUGGUUUAGAAGGUGCUGAAUCUGUUAUUCCAGGUGUUAAAUCUUUAAUUGAUCGUGCAGUUGAAUUAGGUGUUGAAGAUGUCGUUAUUGGUAUGCCUCAUCGUGGUAGAUUAAAUAUGUUAUCAAAUGUUGUUAGAAAACCAAACGAAUCCAUCUUUUCAGAAUUUACUGGUUCAGUUGAAGUUGAUGAAGGUUCAGGUGAUGUUAAAUACCAUUUAGGUAUGAACUUUCAAAGACCAACAACUUCAGGUAAACAUGUUAAUUUAUCAUUAGUUGCCAAUCCUUCCCAUUUAGAAGCUGAAGAUCCAGUUGUUUUAGGUAGAACUAGAGCUAUUCAACAUUAUAAGAAUGAUGUUGGUAACUUUGAUAAAGCCAUUGGUGUCUUAUUCCAUGGUGAUGCUGCUUUUGCCGCUCAAGGUGUUGUUUAUGAAACUAUGGGUUUCACAGCUUUACCAGCUUAUGCUACUGGUGGUACAAUCCAUGUUAUUGUUAAUAACCAAAUUGGUUUCACCACUGAUCCAAGAUUUGCAAGAUCUACUCCAUACCCAUCAGAUAUUGCUAAAGCUAUUAAUGCACCAAUUUUCCAUGUUAACGCUGAUGAUGUUGAAGGUAUUACAUUCAUCUUCACUUUAGCUGCCGAAUGGAGAGCUACUUUCCACACUGAUGUUAUCAUCGAUGUUGUCGGUUAUAGAAAAUACGGUCAUAAUGAAACUGAUCAACCUUCAUUCACUCAACCAUUAAUGUAUCAAAAAAUUUCUGAAAAGAAAUCAGUCAUUGAUUUAUAUACCAAAAAAUUAAUUGAUGAAGGUUCAUUUACUAAAGAUGAUAUUGCAGAACAUAAACAAUGGGUUUGGAAUAUUUUGGAAGAAUCAUUCACAAAAUCAAAAGAAUAUAAACCAACUUCAAGAGAAUGGUUAACUACUCCAUGGGAAGGUUUCAAAUCACCAAAAGAAUUAGCUAAUGAAAUUUUACCACAUUUACCAACAGCUGUUAAAGAAGAAACUUUGAAACAUAUUGGUAAAACUAUUUCAAGCUGGCCAGAAGCUUUUGAAGUUCAUAGAAACUUGAAGAGAAUUUUAGGUCAACGUCAAAAGGCUGUUGAUUCAGGUGAAGGUAUUGACUGGGCUACAGGUGAAGCUUUAGCUUAUGGUUCUUUAGUUGAUGAAGGUUACCACGUUAGAGUUUCAGGUCAAGAUGUUGAAAGAGGUACUUUCUCACAACGUCAUUCAGUUUUACAUGAUCAAAAAUCAGAACAAACUUAUACACCAUUAAAACACAUUAGUGAAAAUCAAGCUGAUUUUAUCAUUUCAAACUCCUCAUUAUCAGAAUAUGGUGUUAUGGGUUUCGAAUAUGGUUACUCUUUAACUUCUCCAGAUGCUUUUGUUCAAUGGGAAGCUCAAUUUGGUGAUUUUGCAAAUACCGCUCAAGUUAUUAUUGAUCAAUUUAUUGCAGCUGGUGAAUCAAAAUGGAAACAAAGAUCAGGUUUAGUCUUAACUUUACCUCAUGGUUAUGAUGGUCAAGGUCCAGAACAUUCAUCUGGUAGAUUAGAAAGAUAUUUACAAUUAACAAAUGAAGAUCCAAGAUUUUUCCCAUCAGAAGAUAAAUUACAACGUCAACAUCAAGAUUGUAAUUUCCAAGUUGCUUAUCCAACUACACCAGCUAAUUUAUUCCAUCUUUAUAGAAGACAAAUGCAUCGUCAAUUCAGAAAACCAUUAGUUCUUCUCGUCUCCAAACAAUUGUUACGUCAUCCAUUAGCUAGAUCUCCAUUAAGUGAUUUCACUGGUGAAUCUCAUUUCCAAUGGAUCAUUGAAGAAAACAACAUCAACAAAGAUGAUAUUAAACGUGUUGUUGUUUUAAGUGGUCAAGUUUUCACUGCAUUAACCAAGAAACGUGAAACCUUAGGUGAUAAUACAACUGCAUUCAUUAGAGUUGAACAAUUACAUCCAUUCCCAUUUGCUCAAUUACGUGAUGCUUUGAAUUCUUAUAAGAAUGUUGAAGAUUUAGUUUGGUGUCAAGAAGAACCAUUAAAUAUGGGUGGUUGGUCUUAUGCUCAACCAAGAUUAGAAACUGUCUUACAAGAAACUGAACAUAGUGAUAAGAAAUUCCGUUAUGCUGGUAGAGAUCCAUCUGCUUCAGUUGCAGCUGGUACUAAAAGUAUGCAUCUUGCUGAAGAAGCUGCAUUUUUGGAAGAUGUUUUCGGUGCUUAA